GCUCCCGCCCCCCCCGCAGCCCUUUGUUCCGCCGGGGAGCCAUGGCCGGGGCCGGGGGCCCAGCGCGGCGCCUGCUCCGGCCCCGCCGGCCGCGGGGCAGCGAGGAGGCACCGGGAAAACACCUGGCCUGUCUGCGAACAGCCGAGGCGGAGUGGCAAAGCGAGGAGCUGCUGAAACAAACUGAAGCCGAGCGGCAGAAGAUCGUUGCGGAGUGGAAGGAGCUGCGAGGGUUUCUGGAGGAGCAGGAGCAGCGCCUGCUGUCCCAGCUGGAAGAGCUAGCCAGAGCCAUUGUCAAGAGAAGGGAUGAGGGCGUCUCCAGACCGUCCGGGGAGAUUUCCCUUCUGGGAGGGAAGGGGCAGCAGCAGCCGAGGAGCCAAUCCCCACAGGGUGCGGGAUGCACUGAGAGCAGCAGGGAGGAUGGGCCGUUUCAGAAGCCAGAGCCGGGGUUUGUGGAGCUGGAGAAAAGACUCAGCGAUUUCUCUCUGAAAAGUGCCAUCCUGCAGGAGGUGCUGCUGGGAUUCAAAGAGACUCUGCGACUGGAGCUGGAGAACAACACAGCAGGUGAUGGGGCAGUGAGUGAGAACGAGGAGGAGAGUCCUCAGCAGGGAGAUACACAGCACAGGGAACCACCCGGGAUGUUUUCAGAAAGAUCUGAAAAGAACGUUCACUGGAGUCGUGAGCAGAGAAAAGGGCAUGAGAGUCAGCACUGGCCAGAGAGGCAGCCGGGAAAACAGCCGGCGGAUUGUCGGGGAAGUGGCAAGGACCUCCAGGAAACCGCAGCCCAGCAGAGAAUCCCCACAGGCGAGAGAAAGAACACCUGCACUGAGUGUGGGAAAACCUUCAGUAGCUGCUCAGCUCUUAGUACACAUCAGAGAAUCCACAUGGGCAAGACACCCUACAGAUGCUGCGAUUGCGGGAAAAGCUUCAAUCGGAAAUCGCACCUGAGUAGACAUCGGAGACUCCACACAGGACAGAGACCCUUUAAAUGCUCCGAGUGUGGGAAAAGUUUCAGCGUGAGCUCAAACCUUAUUGCACAUCAGACAAUCCACACAGGAAACAGACCCUUUACAUGUUCUGAGUGCGGGAAAAGCUUCAAUCGGAACUCAAACCUUAUUACACAUUUUAGAAUCCACACGGGAAGUAGACCUUUUACUUGUGCUGACUGUGGGAAAAGCUUCACUGACAGCUCAAACCUUACUCAGCAUCAGAGAACCCACGUGGGGGAGAGACCCUACAGAUGCUCGGAGUGCGGGAAAAGCUUCACUCGGAGCUCAGACCUUAUUAGACAUGAGACAAUCCACACGGGAGACAGACCCUUUAAAUGCUCCAAGUGUGGGAAAAGUUUCAAUCAGAAUUCGCACCUUAUUACACAUCAGAGGAUCCACAAGGGAGAGUAACCCCAUAAAUAGUUUGGCUACGGCUGGCCGAAGGUUUUUUUUUUUUUAUAAUACAUUUGCUAUUUUCCAAUAGUGACCUUUAAAGCUGUUUGCACCACUUGCUUCACUGUGGUCCCACAGCUCCCACAGGUGAGUUGCCUGCUUUUGCCGCUCACCCUUCUUUGGGGUGAAGCCCAUCAUGCUUUCUAUCAAGUCCUUGAUAUGUAGCUUCACUGUGUAAGUCAUGGGAGUGUGUGCCCCUCCUGACAAGAAUGUCCAUCAGUCCCAGAUAGGGAGAGAGGGGUGACCUCAACUAGCUACAUAAAGGUAAAAUCUACUUGGACCUUGUCUCUAUGAGGGUUUUCCAUGGAGUUAGCAGCUCUGGUAAAGUGGUUGGGGUUAGCUAGCACAUUUCUCCUUAAGCUGACCUAACCUCCAUCACUCUUCCUAGUUCAGUCAACCCUAAGCAUCACAUUUAUAUUUACUCCUGCGGGAAUUCUGUGCCAAAAAAAUAAAAAUUCUGCACACAAUAUUUGAAAAUUCUGCAAAUUUUAUUUGUCAAAAUAACACUACAUGAUCAUGCCAGUUUCAAUUAUUUUGGUAACUUAUUUCAAAAUACCUGUCAGCAAGUAUGACUGUAACAAUACAGACACACACAAAAUUUCCCCCAGGAGCAGAGAAUUAAAGAAACCCCUAUGACAACCUGGUUCCAGUUUCUCUGCCCGUACUCCCAGAGCCCAGCCAGGGGGGGCCAGGCACCCACAACCCCCCCCACCUCCCCCCGAGUCCAGCCGCAGGCCCUCCCAGCCCAGACACCCACCCCCUCUCUCUCCAGAGUCCAGUCGUGGUCCCCCUAGUCCAGGCACCCAUCCCUCUACCACUCAGAGCCCAGCCGUGGCCCUCCCAGCCCAGACACCAGCCCCCUACUGGCCAGGGAUCCACAGGGAGAAACAGCCUGUUGCUGGGUCCCAGGCUUGUAUGGAGUUUCCUGCACACCAUCCUCUCCUUCCCUUGGGCGUGCGGGGAACUGCAGCUGCCGGAAACUCCCUACUCUCUUCCCCGUCCUCCCCACCCCCACAGUGUCUUCUGUGUGCAAUCAGGGCUCAGCCGGGUCCAGCGGCCCCUGCUGGUGGCCAGCAGCAUUGCAGCCCAUUUCCCUGCAGGGGAAAGGAAAUUGUGUGCAAAAAACAUUGAUUUCUGCAAAAUUCUGCAUUGCACAGUGGCGCAGAAUUCCCCCAGGAGUAUUAUUGUUCUCCCACUAGCAGAGUGAUUGUCAGAGUAACUGAGUUCACCCUUUGUGGACAGAUUGUCUCACUCCUUGUUAUUCUCACUUUCUCCAGGUAGUGCACAAAAGUUGUUAUUUUUGUACCAUUUUUCUCAUUUAAAAUAUAUUUAUAACAAAGAGAAGGCGCAGGGAGACAAAAAAAUAGUGUCAUUUCUGCCUGUGAUACACAAAGGAGACGGGGUGAAUUGGAGGGAGUCUUUCCUUCCCCAUCACCACCAUGAUACUCCCUCACCACUCCGGCUUUAGAAUUUAUUCUGUCCCUCCACCUCCCAAGUGUCAUGUGACACACUGUUCUUCGCUCUCCGUGCUUAGGAAUCACAUACUUGUAAGCACUGGAAAUUAAAGUGUCACAGACGUAGAGGGGAAAUUUGAGUGGAUCCCAAAGCCAGUGUGAUCGUUCUGAUCUUAAAUCCCGGUUUCCAGUUCUUGAAAAAGUGACUUUGGGGCUUUUUCCUGCUGAGCGGAUGGAAAGGCUGCCUGUUUUUCCCCAUUUCAAGGAUGCUAAAACUUUUGAAAAUAAUAAUGAGGUGAUGUUGAGUAAAGCAGGUUUGUAUGGAUCAUAGGAGAACACAGUGGGAGAAUUUGUCCUCCUGACUUUUGAAUCAUUAGAUAUACACUAUGAAAUUCGAGAGGAGGUUAUUACACUGGAAUUCGCAAAAAGAAAAGGAGUACUUGUGGCACCUUAAAGACUAACCAAUUUAUUUGAGCAUAAGCUUUUGUGAGCUACAGCUCACUUCAUCAGAUGCAUAAUGUGGAAAAUACAGAAGAUCUUUUUAUACACACAAACCAUGAAAAAAAGGGUGUUUACCACUACAAAAGGUUUUCUCUCCCCCCACCCCACUCUCCUGCUGGUAAUAGCUUAUCUAAAGUGAUCACUCUCCUUACAGUGUGUAUGAUAAUCAAGCUGGGCCAUUUCCAGGACAAGUCCAGGUUUUCUCCCCACCCCCACACAAACCCACUCUCCUGUUGGUAAGUUUCUCUGCAUUGUGGAUUUUUCUCUUUCCUGAAUGCCGUUUGGUCACGUGAUUGGAUAUUUUGUUGGACAAUGUGGAUCAGAUUUUGAAACAGAUUACCAUUUGCUAAAAUAGUCUUGUGUUUUUUCCCAUCCCUCCACGGUGACAUAGAGGAAAUUAUUUCAGUCACCGGGAGAGAAUACUCCAAUUUAUUGGGCAUGCUACCAAGGAACUAGUAGUGUAUUUUAAAUCUCCAUAUUGAAAUGGUGAACAACAGUACACCACAAAUGGUGCAACGAGCUGAAGUAAUUGGAUAUGAUCACACUUGUUCAUUUAGUUGGGUCAAUAUCGUGUCAGAUGAUCUGGGGAGAGAAUUUCCCAGUAAGUGACUUGGAACUAGGCAAAAUAUUUGGUUCCCAAAACAGUUGUGGCCCAGGCAGGUCCGGAUUAAAGAAUUUUGGGUCCACCUCCCCACGUUCCUUAAACUAGACAGAACAUGUGAUAGACCAUAUGUAAAUAUGAGAACCUCUUCAUGUAUGAUGAUGAGUUAGAGCUUUCUCAGCAGAAAAUACAGAAGCACCACUAAAAGUGAAAUGAUUGUGUUCGUAUGCUAACUUAUACAGUAGCAUAGUGUAUUUUCAGAAUUAGAAGGACUACAAACAGAAUUUGAAUAUAAGAAUAAAAAUUAGCCCCACUGAGUGAAAAAAAGUAUUACCGGGUGCUGUGCUGCAUGUUUCAUGUACUGGAAGAAAACAUGUAUGUUUAAUAUAUUUUAUCGUGUUUUGUUUGUUUAGGGUUUUUUGUUAACCACAAUUCUCCAUUUUUACCUCGUCAUUUGUUCACUUUGUUACCUUUUUUCAACAAACCUAAUAAUUAUUUUUUAUAGACUGCUUCAGAAUACAACAUGCACCUGGUGUAUUAAACUAAAUUGGUUUGUUCAAUUCUCAAAUAAAUUGUUACAUCCAAACAAUGUUUCAAACAUAUUUUCAUGCCCUGGGUGGAGAAAGCAUUGCUACUGGGCCCAAUCCUUCAGACGUUAGUCUUUGAAAUCAGUGGGAUUAGUUGUGUGUGCAAGGAUUGUGCGAACUAGACCAACUCUUAUUUUUCAACAGCUUUAACAGGGUUUUUUUGUUUGUUUUGUUUUGUGUAAUCAGCUGGGCAUUGUGCCAAGACUCCAGUGAUUAUAAAUGCAAAUUUGUAUA